AAAUCCCCUCUCCUCAUGCCUUCCUUCCUCUCCGUUUCUCUUUCUCCUCUGCAACUAACGCCCAAAUCCACGUCAACGGCUACUAGAAUCCGCGGCUUAAACUAAAUUAAACAACUCCACUUUUCUUUUCAUUCAGAUUUAACGCGAAAUUUUCCAUUUUUUCCUUGAUUUUUUGCGAACCCAAUUGAGCUCAGCUAGCUCCGGCGAGUGGGCCCCAUUUCUUCGAUGGAUUGCGGUGAUGGGAAGCGGGAAAGGUUGAGUCUUUGCGGCGGAAACAGCGGAAUUGCUAUGAAUCGAGACGGGGAAGAGGAGGAAGAGGAGGAAUUGGAGCUGAGCUUGGGGCUGUCGAUGAAUGGGAGAUUCGGGGUGGACCCAAUGCGGAAGAGGCUGAAGCGGUCGUCUUCGAUUUCGAAUUUGGCGUUCGACGAGGGGCGCGUGGAGGCGUGCGUGCCGCUGGCGAGGACGCGGUCGCUGCCGGCGGAGGUGGAGGAGGAGUGGCGGAGGCGGAAGGAGUUCCAGUCGAUGAGGCGGAUGGCAGCGAGGAAGAAGAGGAUGGAGAAGCUGAGGAAUGUCAGAGUGCAGCAAAAGGAGAUUAGUAGUAGUAAUGGGUAUGAAAUCUCAUCCUCUCAAGGCUCCAUUGGAUCACAGGGCUCUUCUGGGAUUUCCGAUCUUGAUUUUGAGGGAGGGACCCAAAAGGCCGACGUCCCACCCCCUACGAGCCGGCCAUCACAAGACCAGAGCGAGCAGGAACCGCCAACCCGGGCAGCGUCCAAUAGGGACGCCAAGCCACCGAACCCUCCUCCUAGCAAGAACCCGAUGUGUGAAAUGCCUUACGUCUCCACCAAGGGAGAUGGACCCAACGGCCACAAGAUAGAGGGAUUCUUGUACAGAUAUAAGAAAGGCGAGGAAGUUAGGAUAGUGUGCGUUUGCCACGGCAUGUUCCUCACCCCGGCUGAAUUCAUUAAGCACGGUGGUGGGGGCGACGUCGAGCACCCCUUGAAGCACAUCGUAGUUAACCCUUUCCCUCUCUUGUAACGCGAAGGCUUAGUUCCGGCGUUGAGUGUUGUUUUCUCCCCUCUCUUGAUGAGUAGAGCUGAUGAAGAACGAUCAAUGCUUUGUAAUUCGAUGACAUUGUAUGCUACUUCUUCUUUCCAAAUUCCUACCUUUUUAA